AUGGGGAGCCAGGACGCGCUCCUCUACGAGGUGUACCUCCACGCGGAGCACGAGGAGGCGGCGGGAGGCGGCGUUCGCGAUCGGCGACGCGUCGUCCCGGGAACGCGCGACGAAAGCGCCGGCGACGACGAGCCCAAAGACGCUUCAACGCCGACGCUCGCUGGACGCGCGGCCGAGCUGACGUGGAAAGCCGCGGGCGCGGUCUACCGCGGCGCGAGUUUCACCGCACGCGCCGCGCUGCGCGCGUCGCUCUCGUCGGCAUCGCGCGCGACGUCCUCCCGCGCGCUCGACGCCCGCCGCCGGCCGAUACUCGCCGCAUCGAAACGCGGCGCGGAGGUGGCCGUCGUCGCCGGGUCCACGACGCGCACGUUCAGGGACGAGGACGACUUCGAGCGGCUGCUCGGCGCGUUCGAGGCGCCAGGCGAGCUCGACGGCGACCGCGGCGCGUCGACGUCGGCGACGCACGCGACGUGGGCCGCCGACGGCUCCGCGCUCGCGGUCGCGACGCGCGGCGGCGACGUCCACGUCGUCACGCGCGUCGGGCGGCUCGCGCACACGCAGCGCGGCCGGAGUCGACCUCGGGGCGCGCGCGGGGAGGUGGCGGGCGUCGCGCUCGCCGCCGUCGCCGGCGGCGGGGGAUGGACGCUCGUCGUCGUCGCCGGCGCGAACCCGCGACGCGCGACGGGCGACGCGGGGAGGGCGCACAGGCGUCGAUGCGCGGGGCCGUUCCACGCGCAGCGCGUGCGCGACGUCGACGUGGACGGCGGCGUGGAGGUGUCGGACGAGAAUGUCGGAGAAUGUCGGACCCUACUGUCGGAGAAGAAGGGCGUCGAGAAGCGGCGGUCGAGCGCGCUCCCCGGCGCGUCGUUUUCUUCGCCGCUCGGGAUGGAAUGGCACGAGCGACGACGUCUGCUGAUCGUCGCGGGACGCGGCGACCAGGGGGGUGGCGUUGGCGUGGGGGUGUGGAGGUACGGCGGCGGCGACGACGACGAGUUUCUCGUGCCGAUCGCGUUUACGGCGAGCCGCGGCGGCGGACCCGUCGGCGGCGGCGUCGGCGGCGGCGGCGGCGCGAGCGGUCUCGUGGGAUACCUCCUCGGCGUCCCCCCGCCGUCGUGCGCCGUCGCGUUUCGAUGCGACGACGACGACGACGACGCCGCCGACGUCGAAGACGCGCGCCGCGCGCACGUCGCGGUGGUCGACCCGGAAGGCGCGCUCCACGUGUGGCGCGCGGACGCCGCGCGUCUCGCGGGGGCGUCUUCCGCCGCCGCCGCGGCGAUGACGUUGGAACCCGUCGCGCUCGCGGCGUCGGCGGCGGACUCGGGGUGCUGCUCGAUCGCGUGGUGGUCCCGCGACGCGCUCGCGAUCGCGCGCGUCGACGGCGACGUCACGGUGUCGACGAUACCGGAGAUGCGGAACGCGUUGGGGUCGAAAGCGGAGACGUUCGAGGGCGCCCCGAGUCUCGCGGCGUGCGCGCGCGGCGGCGGCGGCGGCGAGCGGGUCGUCGUCCUCGAGACCCCGCCGCCCGAGGCGUCGUCGUCGUCGUCGUCGUCGACGACGACGACGACGACCUCGACGACGCGCUGGCGCCUCGCGACGAUCAACGCGCGGACGCCGCAGGAGAUGCUUCAGGCGCACCUCGACGCGGAGGAGUGGGGCGUCGCGGCGUCGCUCGCGGCGGCGCGCGGGCUCGACGCGGACGACGUGCACAAAGCGCGGUGGCUCGCGUCCACGCCCGGUCGCGAGUCGAUACACGACGCGUUGAGUAAAGUGUCGGAUAAAGCGUGGGCGACCGCGCAGUGCGUCGUCGCGGUCGCGGAGAGUUACGAGCAGCAGCGCGUCGUCAUCGUGCACGGUCUGCGAGAGACGGAGAAGCACGCCGCCGGAAAACGGCGAAGCGGCGUCAGAGACGAGAAAGAAGACGACGCGGAGUCGGACGGGAAAAAAGCGCCGCCGCCACCGCCGACGACGUGGUCGUGGUGGCAUCGCGUGCGUCUGGUUCUCCUCGCGCAGCUCGAUCGCUUAGACACGCUUCACGCGAUCCACCUCGGGAACCACUCCCCGGUCGCGUGGAAAGCCUUCCGCGACGUGUCGGUAACGGACGCCGCGCGAGCGUUCGCGUCCAGAGGCGACGCGCGGUGCGCGGAGCUCAUCAUGCGUCGGCACCCGCGCGCGGCCGCGCGCGGCUUGUUGGACGUCCUCGACGCGCUCCCCGAGACGACGCCGCCGCGCGAGUACGAAGCGCUGCUGCCGUGGUCGUCGCCGUGGGCCGACGCCGCGCCGCCGCCGCCCGCGCGCGGGACGCGCGCGGCCGCGGACGAGACCUCGGAGACGACGGCGGCGAAGGACGCGUUGCUCGCGGAGGAAGAACGCGAACGCGACGACGGCGGCGACGCGACGUCGACUUUGACAUUGAGAGCGCUCGCCGAGCGCGCGGGGGUCUCCGACGCCGCGAUGGCGGUCGCCGGCGCGUACCCCUCCGCGGCGUGGCUCUUGGACGCCACGGAAGCGAUGGCCGCGAUGCGCAGACCGUGGUCGCCCGCGUGCGCGAGCGUCCCGGGGGGUGUCGCGGCGUGGGCGACGACGCGCGCGGCGGCGAUGGACGUGAGCGCGGGCGCGUUGGCGAACGCCGCGGCGCUUUUAUCGCUCGCCGCCGACGCCGCCGCCGCCGCCGCCGACGACGACGAUGGCGCGGGGGACUCCGAGAGCGAUUUGGAGCGGAGCGCGCGUCGCGCGAGCGAGAUCGCGGCCGCGGUGUACGCCGCGACGCCGCCCGCGCCGUCGGAGUGCGCGGACGCGUACGCGAAUGCGUCGGAGAACGCGGACGACGACGGCGACGGCGGCGGACGCGCGGCGGGGAACGCGUCGGACGACGACGGCGGCGGCGGCGCUCGACGAAACACCGCGCGGCGCGCGUCGUUGUGGUCCGCGUCGUUCGCGGCGUACGCCCGCGCGUCCACGAGCGCGCGGCUCGCGACGGUGCUCGCGGACGUCUCCGGCGAGAGCGACGCGGAGACGACGCGCGCGGCGCUCGAGGCUGCGGUCAGAGGCGGGGUCUUAUCCGACGACGGCGACGGCGACGGCGACGCCGGCGCCGCGUUGCGAGACUGGCUCGUCUCCGUCGUUCGUCGCGGCGACGUGCGCGCGUUCCACCGCGCGAUCGAGUGGUUGCGCGACGACGCGGACGACUCCUCCGCGGCCGCGGCCGCCGCGCGCGACGCGCUGGGCGGCGACGAGGGACUCGCGGACGCCGCCGCGGCCUCCGCCGCGGCGUGCCGCCGCGGCGACGCCGAGACGGCGGCGGCGCUCGCGGCGGCGUUGAGCGCGCUCCCUCCGUCCGCGGCUGAGACGCCCGCCGCGCGGACCGCGCUCUCUCGCGCGCUCGCGAUGCGCGUGUUCGCGUCCCGGGGGAUGCCGACGACGUUCGCCGCGCUCGCCGCCGCCGCCGCCGAGCGCGACGCCGCGAUGGACCUCGUGAAGCGGUUCGUCGCGCGCGCGACGCGGGAGGGGACGUCGGCGAUGCGCGCGAAGAAAUCGGCGGGCGGUCCCGCGUCGUUUCGAGCGUUCGCGGACGACCGCGGGCACGCGUGGUCCAGAGCGCUGUGGCGCGACCUCGCGUCGCUCGCGGGACCGGACGGCGUCUUCGGCGAGCACUUUAGCAGGGAAGACGCCGCCGCGGAGUUGCUGUGCGCGCUGUUACGGAUCGGCGGCGGCGCGGAGCGGUCGCCGCUCGCGCGAAGAAUUUUGUCGAAGGUCUUCUCCGACGGCGACGGCGACGACGACGGCGACGACGCCGCCGCCGGCGCUUCCGCGUCCGCCGCGUCGUCCGACGCUCGAGAGGGUAGUCACGCCACUCACAACACUAACACUACCACUAACGUCGCCGCCGCGCGUGCUGACGUGAGCGUCAGGGACGCCGUCGGCGCGGUCGCGGGCCAAGCCGCCGGGGAGCUCGUCUCCGUCGCCGGCGGCGUCGCGACGGCGUUCGCCGGUCGCGUCGGUCAAGCCGUCGGCGGCGUCGUUCGCGGCCGCGGCGCUGCUGGCGGUCCGACGCCAUCGAACAUCGCGCGCGCCGUGGGUGGGAUCGUCGGCGGGUUAGGGCAAGCCGCGGUCGAGCUCGGCGCCGCGGGCGUCGGCGUCGCGACCGGCCACCUCGGCGGCGGCGGCGCGGGCGGCGACGCGCCGCCCGCGAUUGCCUCCAAACGCGCGUCGCGGAUCGUCGUCGACGCCGCGCGAGAGGCGCUGUUCGCCGCGUCCGACGCGAGCGACGAGGCGGCGUUGUCGCAAGCGGACGCGGUGCUGCGAUGUGCGCCGACGUCGACGACGACGACCAUUAGCGGCGAAGCCGACGACGACGCGGCCGCAGACGCGAUGACUGAGCUCGACGACGCGCGCGCGUCGCUUCGUCUCGUUCGCGCGCUUCCGUCGUUCGGCGUGUCGAUCGCGCCGCUCGAACUGACGAAGAUCCGCGAUCCGAUGGAGAUCGUGCGCGCGUGCUUGAGAGGCGGCGGCGACGCGAAGGCGAAGGCGAAGGCGGCGGCGCCCGCGUACGCGAGGGUGGACGAGCUGUGCUGGAUCGCGGAGGCGGCGACGCGAGCUGGGGAAGGCGCCGAAGGGCGAGAGCGCCGGAGCCGGAAACAGACGACGCGGCUUUUGGCGACGCGCGCGUGCGCGCGCGCGGCGAUGGACGCGGGCGACGUCGCCGCCGCGGCGAACGCCACGGUCGCUCUCGUGACCGCGAACUACGCGGACGCGUGGGACGUCGCGCACGACGUCGCGGUCGCGAUGCUCGGCGGUUCGAACGACGACGACGACGACGACGACGCGGACGACGACGCACGACGGCUCCUCUCCUUCGCGCUGACGCACUGCCCUCCCGACCGCGUCGCGGGCAUCUUAUCGCUGUGGCAAUCGCUCGAGUCCGACCGCCUCGUCGCCGCCGCGGGGGUGCCUGGGACGCCUCGGACGCGCGCGGGGCGAAGACGCGAGCUCGACGACCGCGAGUCCGCCGCGUGGACGCGCGUCGCCGGGCCCGAAGUCGCCAUCGCGCGACGCGACGAGAAGACGCGCGCGUUCGUCCGCGGGCCGCUCGUCGCGCUUCACGACGCGGUCGCCACCUGGCGCGCUGGCGACGCCGCGAAGGCGUCCGUCGCGCUGGCGUACGGACUUGGACUGCGCGGCGUCGCGGCGACGGACGACGCGACGACGCCGAUCGUAUUUGACGCCGGCGCCGCCGCCGCCGUCGCGAACGCGGCGGUCGGCGGCGGGACGCGGCGUUCGUCUCCUUCUUCUCCCGCGGACGUCGCCGCGAUCAACGCGGAGACGCACGCGGCCGCCGAGGCCGCGGGGUCGAACGCGCCGGCGUGGGCGCACGUCGCGCUGGGGAUGCUCGUCAACCUGCGGCAGUCGCGGUCGGUGUCGGCGGUCGUCGACGCGUGGACCCGCGGCGGCGGCGGCGGCGGCGGUGGCGGCGGCGCGGAUGGAGAGGACAAAGUAAACGGGAGAGACGGGAUCGGGGAGACGGACGCGCUGCGGCUCGGCGCGCGCGCGCACGCGCUUCGCCGCGCGCGUCGCGACGGCGACGACCGCGACGCGUUACGACGCGACGCGCUCGACCUCGCGGCGGCCUUCGCCGAGAACGACGAGCUCGACGACGACGACGAGGAGAAGAGAGCGACGCGCGUCGGAUUCGCGCGGUGCGCGGCGGGUUUGAAAACGCGCGCGGACGCGGCGUGGCUCCACGCGCACGUCCCGAAAGAUAUCGACGUCGCGGCGUUCGUCGCGGACGACGCGGCGUCGGGGAACGGGUAUCGCGCGCGCGCGAUCGUCGCGUUCGCGAGAGCGCGCGGGGAUUUGGUAGAGACCGCGUUGGCGUUUUCGUCGAGAUACGGCGGGGACGGGGACGCCGUCGCCGUCGCCGUCGCCGUCGCCGUCGCCGUCGCCGUCGCCGUCGCCGCGGCGGCGGGGACGCUCUCCGACGCGACCGGCGGCGUCGUUCGCGGUGACGAGGAUUCGAAGGCGCGGGAUGCCAUCGUGGGCGCGUUCGGGAAGAACCCGGAGCGCGCGAUCGAGGGUCUGAAAACGCACGCGUGGGAGGCGUUACCGUCGUCGGGGGCCGCGUUCGGCGGAUAUUUCGAUUUCUUGAGCGCCGCGCUCGCCGCCGCGGGCGACAAGGACGCCGCCGCGACGGCGGCGGCGGCGGCGGCGGCGGCGCGCGCGCUUCACGGCGCGACUUCAAACUUUCCCCUCGGGUCGUUCUUCGACGAGAGCGCGCGCGUUCCGGCCGGAACGACCGCGUCGGUGGCCACGACCGCGGUCGCGACCGCGAUCGCGACGGAAGCCGUUCGCGACGGGCGACUUCGGUUCCCCGGUCAAGCCGUGAACGACCUCGCGCGCGCGGUGACGCUCCUCCCUCCGAGCCACUCCGCGCUCGGGAUGACCUCGCACAGAGUCUACCUCGCCGCCGCGGUCGCGACGCUGGAGUGCGAGUCCUCUACCCCGGAGCAGCGGUGGGCCGCGGUGGGCGAGGCGCUGCCGUCGCUCGCGCCCGCGGAUCUCUUCGCGGUCGUCGCCUUCGCCGCGUUGGACGGUUCGCAUCCUCUCGCGAGGGAUGGAUGCGAACCGCCGCGACCCGAGUCGUCGUCGUCGUUCAACGCGUCCGCCGCGGUCGAGCUCAAGAUCGCCGCGAUCACCGCGGGGGUGAAGCUUCUCGAGAGCGUCGGCGGCGAGCGCGCGGGGGCGCUGAAGACGUCGCUCGCGCGGUUUUCGCUCGCCGCCGCCGCCGCGGACGCGACGCCGUCGACGACCGACGUCGCCGCGCUCGACCGCGCCGCGCGUUCGCCGUCGACGCCGUACGACCCUUCGCUGCGUGAUAUCGCGUGUGCGUGGGUCGCGAGCGGCGGCGUUUCGCUGCGGUACGUCGCCGCGUUCGCGGAUCUCGCUAGCGAGAUUGAAGGGCACGGCGGCGGCGGCGUGGACGUCGCGAGCGUCGUCGCCGCCGCGUUGGACCGCGCGCUUCGCGCGCUGUCUUCCACGGAAACGGUCGCGGAUGAAACUGCCGCAGCGGAUACGUUACGAAAUAUAUUCCUCGGCACCCUACGAGACGCCCCCGCGCGUCACGGCGAGGUCAAGGCGACGAGGCUGUCGCGCGAGGGGUACGCGAAGGCGCUCGCAUCGAUUCGCGGCGCCGCGUUCGAGACGCUUGAAAGAUUCGCCGGCGGCGACGCGUCGCGGUACGCGCGCGACGUCGCGCUCGAUUUGUUGGGCGAAGUGAGCGCGUUCGAGAGCGAGAAGGCGCUCGCCGCGAAGAAAGCCGCCGCGGCGAAGGCGAAGGCGAAGGCGAAAGCGGACGCGGACGCGGACGCGAAGAAGAAGAAGGCGGAGACGGAGGCGAAGGCGAAGGCGGAAGCCGAGGCGGCGGCGGCGGCGGCGGAGGAGGAGGAGACGAAGCGGAAAGCCGAAGCGGCCGAGGCCGAGGCGAAGCGAAAAGCCGAGGCCGAAGCCGCCGCGAAAGCGAAAGCGAAAGCCGAGGCCGAAGCCGCCGCGAAAGCCGCGAAGGCGAAAGCGAAAGCGGACGCUAAGAAGAAGGCCGAGGCUGAAGCGGCGGCGGCGGCGGAAGCGAAGCGAAAAGCUGAGGCUGAAGCGAAACGAAAAGCUGAGGCUGAAGCGAAACGAAAAGCUGAGGCUGAAGCGAAACGUAAAGCCGCCGAGGAGGCGAAGCGUGAAGCCGCCGAGGAGGCGAAGCGUGAAGCCGCCGAGGAGGCGAAGCGUAAAGCCGCCGAGGAGGCGAAGCGUGAAGCCGCCGCGGAAGAAGCCGCAGCGAAAGCCGAGGCUGAAGCCGCCGCGAAAGCGAAAGCGAAGGCUGACGCCGACGCUUGGAAGAAGGCUGAGGCUGAAGCGGCGGCGGCGGCCGAGGCCGAGGCGAAGCGGAAAGCUGACGAGGAAGCCGCGGCGAAAGCGAAAGCGGCAGCCGAGGCCGAAGCUGCCGCGAAAGCCGCGAAAGCUGCGGCUGAGGCGGAAGCGAAAGCCGCGAAGGAAGCGGCGGAUGCUAAAGCGGCGGCUGAGGCGGAAGCGAAAGCUGCGAAUGCAAAGGCAGAGGCGGAGGCUGCCGACGCGGCCGCGAAAGCAAAAGCCGAAGCCGAAGCGAAAGCGAAAGCGAAAGCCGAAGCCGAAGCGAAAGCGAAAGCGAAAGCCGAAGCCGAAGCCGAAGCCGAGGCGAAAGCAAAGGCUGACGCGGAAGCGACAGAAGAGAAGAGAGCCGCGGAGGAGGCGCGCGCCGCCGCCGCCGCCGCCGCCGCCGCGGAGGCGGAGGCGGAGAGGAAAAAAGCCGACGCGGAGAAAGCGGCGGCGAAGGCGAAGGCUGAAGCGGACGCGAAGGCGAAGGCGGCGGAGGAGGAGGAGAAAGCGAAGGCAGAGGCAGCCGCGCUGGAAGCGAAAGCCAAAGCGGAAGCGGACGCCAGGGCGAAUGAAGAAGCGAAGGCGAAAGCGAAAGCGAAAGCGGAGGCGGAGGCGGAGGCCGCCGCCGCCGCCGCCGCGAAGGCGAAAGCAAAGGCCGAAGCGGAAGCUAAGGCGAAAGCGGAAGCGGAGGCGCGCGCGGCGGAAGAGAAAGAGAAAGAGAAAGAGAAAGCCGCCGCGGAGGCCAAGGCGGCCGCGGAGAGAGCGAAGCGCGAGGAAGAAGAGAAGCGCGCGAAGGCGGACGCGGAGCGAAAAGCCGCCGAGGCCGCCGCGGACGCGAAAGCCGCCGAAGACGCCGCCGCCGAAGACGCCGCCGCCGCCGCGGAAGCCGCCGCCGAACCGGAACCCGAACCCGAAGAGGAAGAAGAAGAAGAAGACGACGGCGCCGUCUGGGACACGAGCGAUAGCGCGUUCCGCGUCCUCGCGAUGCGCACGAGCGCCGCGUUGUCGUCCCUGCGUCUUCCCGCCGAGACCGACGCGGUCGUCGACGAGGCGUCCGUGUCCACGCUCGCCGCGGCGACGAGACGCUUCGCCGCGCUGUUGAAGGCGUCCGACGUGGAAGAAGAUCCCGGCGCCCUGAAUGCGCUCGCGGGCGUGUUGACGCUGUGGGAGUCCUCCGCGCCGUGGGCGAAACGCGACGACGUCGACGAGGGCGAGGGCGAGGGCGAGGGCGCGUCGUCGUCGUCGUCGUCGUCGCCGCCGCUGCGCGAAUGCUGGGUCGACGCGUUGCGCGCCGCCGCCGUCGGAGGGGUGGCGUCGCGGCGCGCGUUGCUCGAUCUUCUCGCGCGGCGCGCGGCCGGCGAGGCGAGCGUCGUCGUCGCGGCAGAGGAGCCAGACAAGGAAGAAGAAGGUGGCGACGACGACGACGAGGAUUGGGGCGACGGGUGGGGCGAUGUCGACGUCGACGCCCCGGAGGUCGCGGCGGUGGCGCCCGUGCCCGCGGCGGCUGGGAAAAGGAACGCCGCUUGUCUCGUCUCCGAGACGGACGCGCGCGACCUCGUCGCCGCGGUGACGUCUUCCGGGGACGUAAUAACCGCCGCUAAGGUUGCGUUACUUCUUCCCUACGAUUCCGUUCGAUCCGACGCGAUCGCCGCCGCCGCCGCCGUCGUCGCCGAGGAUCCGUCCGCGUGCGACCUCGCGCUCUCGACGUCGCUGUUGCGCGCGGAUUUCUUUUCGUCGUCGAAAGCGAAACCUUUCGGCGGCGGCGGCGAUCGCGGCGGCGCGUCCAGCGACGCCGCCGCGCGCGUGCUGCACCGCGCGGCGGUGCGGGCGUUGGAGUCCGCCCCGCACGCGCGCUUAACGACGCUCCCCUACCUGAUCGGCUCGCUCGCGGCGCGCGGCGACCACGACGUCGCGGCGGCGGCGGCGACGCGCGUCGCGCGCGAUCCGGAGACGAGAGAGUACUACGCGCGGAAGCUUCAGGAAGCGAGAGAGAACGACGCGGACUUCGCGGACUACGAGAGCACGGUCCCGGACACGUCGCGGACGUCGCGGACGCACGACGACGUCUUCGACGACGACGACGACGCGAACGACGCGCCCCGCGAAUCCCCGCCCGCGCCGCCGCCGCCGCCGCCGCCGCGGUACUCCUCCCGAGCCCGCAACCUCGCGCCGGCGCCGCGCGCGGACGAAGCCCCCGCGGGCCCGUUCUCGAGCAGCGCGCUCAACGCCGGGCGAUGGGGCGUCGCCGGGCGCGCGUCCGUCGCGACGGCGCGUCGAAGCGUCGCCAGGUCGUCGCAGUCGCGCGACUCCCGCGACUCCCGCGGGUUCGGGUUCGGCACCGCCGUCGCCGCGGACGACGACGACGACGACGACGACGCCUCCGCGUCGAGGCUCUCGCUGGCGGGCAUCGUCCGCGCGGGCGCGCGGCGGCAGCGCGAGCGCGAGCGCGCGGAACGCGCCGGCGCGGACGUUGACGGCGCCGCGGGGCGAAACGAUCUCAUGCGCGAGACGACGGGAAGCGACGCCGCGUGGAUCGGCGACGGCGAGCUCGCGACGGCGUCGCAGCGCGGCGGGAUGUCCGCGGCGGCGGCGGCGAUGCGGGCGAUACGAGCCGCGCGCGCCGUCGGCGGCGGCGCGUUUUACGCUGCGCCGCCUCGGGAUUCGUUGGCUUCGAGCGUCUCCGGUUGGGGCGGGGGCACGCAUCGGAGUAUGAGCGUUCGCAGCGACGGCAGCGCGGAGUGGCACGAAGACGACGACGCGCGCGACGACGGCGACGCGCUGCCUUCGCACAUGCGCGGCGGGGAGAAGCGAGGCGGCGGCAGCGUUGGAUUAGGCGGCGGAUUGUCGCGGCAGACGUCCCAGCGGUCGCGCCGGUCGUCCAGCCGGAAGAGCGGGUUUGCGCUCACGACGACGAGCGGCGGGUCGGGUUCGUACACGACGUACUCCCCGGGGCGGUCGACAUUGCCGUCGACGCCGUCCACGCGCGUCGGGACCCCCGGGCGGAUCGACACCCCGGAGACGCCGAAAGAAGACGCGUUCGGGCGACUCGACGGACGCUCCACGGACCGGUCGCAGCGGUCCGUGCACUUGGCCACGGAAGCGCAGAGGAUGACCGACGUCGAGAUCACCAAACACUACGACCAUCUCGUUCGAAGCGCGAUGGCCGUGAACGGCGGCGUGCACCCGCACCGGUUACGGAAACCGGAGACGAAGUGGAACGGAGACCAGCUCCCGUUGUGCAAGCUCACCGCGCCGGGGGGUCGUAGCGACGCCGCCGCGGAGGGAGAAGACGACGACGAUCGAAGAAGCGCCGGUCUCGUGGACACGUGCUAUCUCUCGAGAAACUACACGGAAGGGAUGAAAGCUCCGACCGCGUUCGCGACGCCGCCGCCGACGAGCGUGCUGUGUAACCUGUGCAAAGACGUCGCGUGGGAGCCCGUCGUCGACCUCUCCGAUCGCGGCGCCAACGGCCGUGGCGUCGUCUGUCGAAACUGUCUGUGCGCCGCGAAGGGUAUCUCGGUCGGUCAACACGCGCCGGAUGACCCGCAGACGACGCGCGCGAUAGCCGGGCUUCGCGUGUUGUGCCGCCACGCGCUCAGGGCGUCGAAACACAGGAACGGCGGGCUGUUGUGGCGGCUCGACCGCGGCGGGUGCCCGGACCAAGGGCGGCUCGUGGACAGGAAAUCGACGGAGAAGGACUGCGCGUACGAGAUCACGAUCUGCGGCUUCCCGAACAACGCGAACCCCGCGGAGUGCUGCCCGGUGCGGAUUCGCAGACGCGAGGUUCAGGACCACAGGACGAAGUGCGAUCGAAGAGCCGUGUCCUGCGUCCACCCCGGGUGUCAUCGUAAGAUAAUGGCUCGGUAUUCGAAAAAUCACGCCAAGCUGUGCGACCAGCGACCGUUCGAAUGCCCGACGAAGAAGUGCACGUGGCGAGGGAAACGAAUCGACGCGGACGCGCACUUGGAGACGUGCCCGCACGAGCAGAUCGUCUGCGGGUUCAUAGACGACGCCGGCGCUUCGUAUUCCACACGCGACGGUUCGUAUCGCGUCGACUCGUGCGGCGUCGUCCUCCCGCGGCGGAAAAUGAAAGCGCACAAGGCGGUGUGCCAGUACCAACCGACGCAGUGCAAGUGGUGCCACCAACACUUCGCGCUGAGACGCGCGGGAGCACACGAGGCGAAGUGCAACGAUCGGUUCUUCUCCUGCGCGCGGUGUGGGAUGCGCGUGCACGUGACGCGACGCGACGCGCACGACGCGACGUCGUGUCCGGAGGUUGCGAUCGAGUGCGGGUACGCUCGGUACGGGUGCGCGCAUCGAACGACGCGCGCGGCGUUCAACGACCACGUCUCGAGGGCGGUGCCGGAGCAUCUGCGGUUGCUUUUGACGCACAUCGGGAUUCGUCGGGGUUCGUCGGUGAAGAAAACGCCCGCCGAGAAUGAUGCGUUAUCUACGACGCCUUCGAGCGGCGGCGGCGGCGGCGAAAGAGAGGACGCGGAUGGUCUCGAGGCGAUGAGAGAGCGCCACGUGUCCACGCGCGCGGAUUUACACGACAUGCGCGACUGGUCCGCGGUCGUCGCCGAUCAGUUGAGAAAAGACGUCGAGGACGUCAAAGAGAACGCCGCGGAGGUCGAGGACAGGGUCAUGGACGCGCUGAGGUGCGUUCUAUACACUGGUCCCCAUACGACCGCGUUCGCGUGGUGA